CAUUCUCCGUCCUUCAUCUUCAUCCAGCUGGGCUGGCCCACUUCCCGUUCCCCUUCCCGCCACUGUUCCUCUUGCCCAUUUUAAGGCGUUUUACUCCUGCAGGAAGGAUGGCGUCACGAGGAAAAUGGUGUCUCUUCUGCGACAAAUGGAUCAAAAACGACCUUCUGGACAGGUCCAUUUCGUCAAGAACGGAUGAGGAGGUGGAGGAUUAUUGGAAACUUCAUGAAAAAUCACUUCCCCAUUUAACAAAGAAGAAGGCACGUGGCGAAUUCCCUAAUGUUACGUGGGAUGGACACACAAUCUACGCUUCUUUCGCAGCUGGACAAAAGAUUUUGGACUAUCAGGAAAUGAGCCAUACGAUGAGAAAGCACGGCUACACCACGCGAGUGCAUUCAAUCGACAACGACGCUUACAUCGUCGGCUUCCGAGAUCCGAUCGGCGCAGAGAAGGCUUUGACGAAUCAGGGUGGAAACAUAAUCACGAGGCCAAUAUUUAAGAGUGCCCCGAAAGCGGCGAACAAGCCUGUGCCGAGACUGGACGCGAGCGACCCUUGGGAGGCGCAGGCCAAGCAGCUGGCCGUCGCCUUCAAGUUGGCUGUGACGCCGGAGGUCGAGGAGCAGCACCGCAAGCAGCAAGACCACCUUUUGACCGACAUUGUGACAACCUUCCAGCCUCUGUGCAGAAAGGUCGAUUGCUUCGUCUACGGCUCCAGGGCCACCGGCCUGGCGGACAUCGAUAGCGACAUUGACGUCCAUAUUAAAUUAGACUACGCAGAUUGCGACUUCGAGAAGCCGUUGAGCAAAGAAUCUCACGAGAAACUGCUGAGGGCGGCGGUGAAGCUGCUGCGGAGGAAGCCUCUGGUGUUCAGCAACACGUACUUCGUGCUGGCAGCCAGGGUGCCGGUGCUGCACUUUGUGCACAAUCCGACCAUGGUCGAGUGCGACGUCACCUUCAAAAACAUGCUCGGCGUGCACAACAGCCAGUUCUUGAGGUUCGUGGGCGCGCAGGACGAGCGCAUCUUGCUGCUCUUGUUCGUGGUGAAGCGGUGGAGGAAGGCGCACAGCCUGCCAAUGUCCAACUACUGCUUCACCAUGCUGGCCAUUUUGUUCCUGCAAACGCUGGCGCAGCCGCUGCUGCCGCCCAUCCUGCAGCUCAAGGGCGACGCGGACAGGCUGGUGCUCGAGCAGGGCUGGGUCUGCGGCUUCAGCAGCAAGCGCAUCGCCAACCACAACCGCAGCUCCCUCAAGCAGCUCACAGUCGCCUUCUUCGGCUUCGUCGCGCGGCUCGACUUCGGGGUGGACGUCAUUUGUCCGAUGACCGCGUCCACAAUCGAAAAGUGGAGGUUCCUGCGAGCCGAGACGCUGCCCGAGGAGAUGCAGGGUCUGGCGCGGUUUGACAAGAACGAAGGUCUGCUGGUGAAGAAGCCGGUGUGCGUGCAGGAUCCCUUUGAGCUCAACCACAACGUCGCCAAAAAUGUGGGCGCUAAGAACUCGAUCGAGCUGACGACCUUUUGCGCAAAACUGGCGGAAUUCUGCGAACUCAAGACCAAUCUCAGCAUCGAAGAUUUGCUGAAGUUUUCCCCGAGCUGCGAAGGCGUGAAGCUUCAAGACAACUCAUUCACUAAAAAAAUCUUCCUGCAAAACUACUUCCCAGCAGAUUUGGAGCUGCUCAAAAGCAAAAGCAUCCGCGAACUUUGGUUCGAGGACGUGGUGAUGGUGAUUUACGACCUGUUCAAGGACGUGCUCGACUGCAGCAUCCAGAUGGACUCUCCGCCAAGAAAAGUGGAAAAAAUGGCUGGCAAGAGCGAGCGGCUGGCCGCGUGGACUUUGAGCACUCGGACAAUGCUCUUCAGCGGCAGGUGA